GGCUCUCCCGGGGCGGCUGCUCUGCGCGGAGCUGGGGUCUAGCUCCGGCGUGGCUCCAUUUCAGGGGCACAUCGCCUCGUAAUGCUGCCUGUGUCGGGGGAACCCUACGUCCUCCCCCAGACGUCGCUGCAGUUCAGGGGCGGUGUCCCAGGAGCGGCGGGAAGUUCAGAGCCGGACGAGGAGAAGAUGAAGCCCAUCAUCCAAAGAAGGCGAUCUACACCUUCUGCCAUUACUAAAGCUCUUGGCAAGUCAAAACACCAUUCCAGGGAAACUACACUCUCUUCUUCCCAUUCAGACAAUGGACUGCCAAGUGGGAUCUUUAGCAACCCAGGUUCCACUUUCAUUCUGGAUGAGCGAGUACAGCUAACUGUGGGCUUGCAGAGUCAGGAGAGACAUUUGAUCUUGUUCAGUGAUAUGCUGAUCAUCGCCAAGUCCAAGUCCUCCUCCAGCCUGAAGUUCAAAAAGCAAGUGCAUCUGAGUGAAGUGUGGACUGGCACCUGUCUCAGUGAAGUAACAGAGAAAAAGAUGAGUCCUGAGAAUUCAUUUGUUAUCGGCUGGCCUACCAUCAACUAUGUCGUCACCUUCAGCUCAGCUGAUGUGAAGGAACAAUGGCUGUCUGCAUUACUGUGGCAUAUCACUGAAACGAAACAGAAUGAAUACCUGAAGAACCUAACCCUUCAGAUCUUUGUGCUGGAUGCUGACAACUGUUCUUCUACCACCACAGUCAGUGUGUCCAAUGUGGAAACUGCAGAGAGUGUGAUGAAGAAGACACUUGUUCAGCUUGGACUUCCUGGUAGGACAAGUGACCACCACCUCUGGGUGAUCUCAGGAAAAGAUGACCCUGCUUACCCUCUCAUUGGGCACGAACAUCCAUUCAGCAUUGCAUUGAACUGUCUCCGGGACUCUGUUGACCAGCAACAAGGAACCCACAAUCACACCCUCCUGCUUGAUGGGACAGAGGCAUCCUUUCUUGAGCAGCACCCAAAAGAGAAACAAUGUCAGUUUGUCCUGAAACCCAGGCUCCAAGCUCCAGUGCAACUGAGGAGAGAGUCACUACAGAAGCACACCAAGAGGAAGAAGUCCUUGAUUGACUGGGCCCUGCGGCGCAGCACCAGUGCACCCACAGACAGCCCUCCUUUGCAGUCACCUACCACCCCACAGAAACUCUUCGGCAUGUCUCUGUCCUCUGUCUGUCCUGAUGGGAUCCUUCCCAAGCCAAUCAUGGAUAUGCUGCUCCUGCUGUACCAUGAAGGUCCCUCUACUAGGGGCAUUUUCAGACGUUCUGCCAAUGCCAAGACUUGCAAGGAACUGAAGGAGAAGCUAAACUCUGGAGAUGAUGUCCAGGUGGAUGGAGAGUCAGUCUUUGUGGCUGCAGCUGUCAUCACGGAUUUUCUCCGAAAUAUACCUGACAGUGUUCUAUCCUCAGACAUGCACGGACUGUGGAUGGAAGCUGUGGAUACAGAAAAUCGGGCACAUAAGAUUGAAGCUAUCAAAAGCUUGGUCAAUCAGCUCCCAGAGGCCAACCUUAUCUUACUCAGACACCUCUUUGGAGUUCUUCAUCACAUUGAGCAGAAUUCUGUUGUGAAUCAGAUGAAUGCAUUUAACCUGGCUCUUUGCAUAGCACCCAACAUGCUGUGGCUACCUAGUCCCACAGGGCCUGAGGAGGAAAGCAGGUCUACAAAGAAGGUAGCCAUGUUAGUACAGUUUCUGAUUGAAAACUCAGCAGAGAUUUUUGGAGGUGACAUUGCUUCCUUGUUCCAAAGACCGGACAAAAACUCCAGAAACUCAGAGGGAUCUCUGGGCAUGGCUCAGAAUGAUGACUCCUCUGAUGAGCUGGAAUUCUCUGCUUAUGACUUGGAAAGACCAAAGCAUCGCCUGAUACCUAAAACAGAUGACAUUUUUGAACCACCCAGCGGCUUGUUACUUGAUGAGGAGCAAGAAGACUGGGACUUGUUCAGUGAGAUCACAGCCUGCUACCAAAGCAAAACGCAGAAGAAUGCCAGUGCAGACAGCUAUGACCUCCUCGAAGAGGAGGGUUCCUUCUGCUCCAUUGGCUCAAUAUGCUCACUUAGCCCAGCCAGAGACCGGUGCUCAUCAGAGCCCAGUGUCUGCCUUAGCUCCCAGCUUCCUGCUCAGAGCCAUGAGCCAGUGGCUCGCCAGUCUAGCUGUGAUGCCACCAUCAUGCGCAGUCAUACAGACUACAUCCACAGGCUCAAGCAACUGCAGGUGGAGAGCCAGAAGUUGAUUGAUGAAGGCCUUAGCACUGGGGCUAAUAAAGCCAGGCAGAAUUUGUGGCAGUCACCUCAGACCAGCUCUAGGGUGAAGAAGCUCAGCUUUCAGAAAUCCAACCUGUCCAACACAUCCAGUUUCUCUAGCCUGUCCUCCACCACAUCCCCAUCUGCAUCCUCACUUAGCUCCCUAGACAGUGCUUUCUCGUACUGCUCGGAGUCAUCAGCUGUUAGUCCCACAGAUGUCUCUUCCCUUUCAUUAAUGUUUGGCACAUCUGCCAGGCUUCAUGCUGUGUCUCCCAGGAUUGCCAAGAAGACCCCAAAAGAGCGGCACAAGUCCGUCACCUCUCCUGUGCCUUUACAGCCAUGUGACCUAGACAGUUGCUGUGACUAUGAACCCAAGACUGUAGAGAGCAGACAUUGUUCUGAGGAGAGAAAAAGUUUUCCUUCUGUCAGCAGAGCUGUAGCGGGAAGCCCACUAACCAACACUGACUGGGAAACAGAGGAGAGGCAGCUGGAAUUUGCGGGGGUGCCUGAUCCGAAGCUCCAAAGCCUGGAUUAUCCCAAGGAGCUAGAACAAAAUCCUGAGCCUUCACUUGAUGGCCCAGCCAGCAAGAAAUUCCUGCAGAUCAACCAGCAGCAACAAAAGGAGAAGGUAGUGAAGCACAUUGAAAUCAGAAGCGUUGAUACCUGCUCUCCAAGCCAGGAAAGCCUGAAGCGCACCAAGAUAACUUUUUACAUGGCCCCAAAUAAAGAAUAUUCUUGGGGAUCACCAGUGGAAGAGGAGAGGUCCUUGGCAAACACCAGCAGCAAUCACUCACCCAGCAGCCACAAUGAGCAAAGCACAUCUAAGGGCUUGCAGACUGUGAGAGUCCAUAUCCCCCAGACAGUGUUUUAUGGGCAGAAUACCCCCCUUGUUCUGCAGUCUGCCUCCAGGCAGCUCCACUAUGAACCAACAAUACUGUCCUCACAAGCAGGGCACAGAGAGAGCCUCCAAAGUGCCUCCACUCCUAAGAAGCUGGAGAACAAGCCAGUGGGGGUGGCACAGGUGCCAAGCCAGAGCAAGGGUUUCAACACAUUCAGUCACACCAUCCAUAUCAUCCUCCCUGCUUCCAUUCGAAGCACUGUCAGGGAAUAUUUCAAAUGCAAUGAAACCAAGACCUGUCCCAUGGCUGAGGCAGAAGCAGUGGAGAAUGAACUUCUGCGGAGCAGGAUGGAGUGGCUCAGGAGUCAGCCACUGGCAGAAAUUGCUGCUGAGGAAUGUGAUGCAGUGGCAUUUGCAGAAGAGACGUUUGUCUAGGGAGAUGGUUGUGGAAGAACUGAAUUAUUUUUUUGUCUGUGUAUGUGCAGCAGAAAAUCAAGGUGUGAAGAAUCUAGCAGGCUGCAUUGAGCAGUAAGUGUAAAGUGACGCUAAUGUGUAUGUGAAGUUGGGGUUUGCAGUUCAUUUUGGUUUGGGUGUGAAUGUUGUUCUUAUUCUUUUUUUGUUACAUUCUUUUUCUACUUGAGAUACUUCACCAACUAGGUGUCACGGGGUCUGGAUGUCACCAGACUGCCCCUGGAGUUGCUGACCUUGGCAGAGUCUGACUCCGUUUCUUUCUGAAGCAGAAAAGGAGAAACUGCUUUCUUUUCUUCAGCCAUUGCUGUGUUCAGAUGACUGGAGAGCUGAGGCAGCAAAUACUCCAGCAGAAUUGAUUAAAAUUUUAAGCUUGCAUGAAAUUCUCCACUAUUCCCUGUUCAUCACCACCAUUCAUCCAAAAGAAGAUUCUUCACCUCCACCCCAGAAAUCACUACUUCUCUCUGCUUAUCUUCCUGUUGUCCCUCAGGGGUAGAACUCUGUGUUCAUUUCUACUUAAUGUUGGAGUCCAGAAAGACCAAACAGAGCCCAAAGCCCAGCUUUCACUGGCAGAAGGUAUAUAUGUAACAUCUUAACCCAAGGUUCUUUCAUAUUUUUUUUUUCCCAGUUAAUUGUCCAUUGAUUUGUCAUUAUUUGACAGAGCCACCAUUACUCUGAAGGACUGUAGUUCUGUCGCUUGAACAGAGCUAUCACAGUUUAACAUCUGUGGUGUCCUCUGGGAACAGCUGGGCCUUCCAGUCCUAGUAAGAGGUGACAUCUUUUCUGCAACUGAGGGUGGACAGUUCAGAAUGCCCUUUCCCGAGGCAGGGUGGAUGGGGAUUGUAAUCAAAUUCCUAGUUAUACUGAAACGGGCCCAAGCAGCAGUUGGUUUUAGCAUGAAGUCACAGUGUUGUGGAAGUAGCCAGGAAAGCUGUGAAGUGGGUGCUGCAGCAAAAGUCUCAUGGGGCCAGGAAGCUGUCAGACAGUCUAACAAGCUGAGAUUGUUCAGGCUUUAACAGCACUGCUAAAGUUGUGUCAGGGAAAUGUAUUCCCACUCAUCAAAAUACUCUGCCACACUUAAUGUGUGGCAGAAGGCUGCUUGUACGGCACCACUUACAGCAGGCAGCUAGUGGGCUCUUACACCACCAUCAUGAUGCCACUCUGGCCAAUGCUUACAAUAACUUUUGCCACAGUGGGACUCAGCUGGCAGCACCACAAUCCUCUGAGUUCUAAAAUAAGCAGAGAGCACUGCAGUAGGUGGAUAGGAUUUAAGAAAACAAUGGGAAAAUUCUCAAAGACAAAACGGCUCCGGAUAUGUUGCUCUCAGGGAGACACACUUUUCCUCAGCUAACAGUGAAUGGGUAAAAGACAGAAGAAAUACGUGAAUCUUAGUGACAAGCGGUAGCCCUGCUGAAGUACCCUUUUGCAAGUUUUUGUGUGCACACCAUCGCCAUACUUGAGGAUCGCCUGAUGCUCACUGCUAUUCAGCCUUUGCAGAGAGGGCAAGACACAUCUGUAAAUGACCAAGUAAGAAUUUUGCAAGUGCUGAUCAAUAUCUGUGCCUGGGAUCUGGUCCAGCACUCUGAAUUCACACACUGUGGUUCCCAUGGGGAUGGAGGGAAGCCCAGAGUCCACAUCACAAGAUGUACAGAAAAUGUUUUGUUGUGUGCAAAGUGUUCAACUCUCAGGUGUGUUCUCUGUCCUGUCUCACCAUUGUGGGUCUUGUAUGAUGAACGGUGUAGAUAGUUCUAAGGCAAACCACCUUCUAUCAUUUUCCUCACACAGACACUAAAGAUGCACAGUAUUGGUUUUCUUUUUUCCCCAGACCUAUGGUUGUAACUAUUUGAAUAAAAGAGGCACAGGUUUGUUUGCAAUGUA